GGAGCGGUUGCCUGGAGACCGGUAACGCCGCGCUGGAUGUGGCCCUAGAUAAAGAGGACAUGUCAUCUCCAAAUGAACAGGAGGGAGCAGAUGAGAAGGCAGCAGAAGGUACACAGGCAGAUCACAGCAGUGUCCAAGAAAGCAAAAGUAGUCUUCCAAAGGAAUCACCAGCUGGAGAGGAAGAAGAGGAAGAUGUGGAGCAUGUGGAAACAGAUACAGAGAGCAUUGCGGAUGAUUUGGAAGAACAAGAUAAUACUGAAGUAUCCCCAAAAGAAGAAAAAAUUCCUGAGAGGAAAGAAAAGAAAAUCUCAGAAACUUUCUUCUAUAGUUAUGAAGAUAUAUAUUCACGGCCAUUUGUCACUGAAGACUCAGGGAUACCAAUUAACCUUCUUACUCUGAAAUAUUCUUUUGGAUAUGACUGCAUCAGAAGUGUAAACCUGAUGGUGAUGGAUAGCCAAAGCCUACUCUAUGUAGCAGGCAACCAAGUGGUGAUUCUGGACCUGAAAACUAAAUCUCAGAGUUACCUCCGGAGCAGCAGUGGAGGUGGAAUUGGGUUUAUUGCGGCACACCCUACUAAGCAGUACUUUGCAGUGGGAGAAAAAGGAGAGAAACCAAACCUCAUCAUCUACGAUUAUCCUUCACUGAGGCCUUACAGAAUACUACGAGGUGGAACAAAAAAAGGCUAUGUUUUUGGUGAUUUCAACCAUACUGGCACUCUGCUGGCCAGUAUUGGAAGCAGCCCUGACUACAUGUUGACUAUCUGGGACUGGAAACAAGAAAAGAUUGUGUUAAGGUCAAAAGCUUUUUCACAGGAUGUUUACAGAGUCACGUUUUCUCCUGAUAACGAAGAACAGCUAACUACAGCUGGAGUAGGACAUAUCAGGUUUUGGAAGAUGGCUCACACAUUCACUGGUCUCAAGUUACAAGGAGCUUUGGGUAGGUUUGGAAAAACAGCAGUGACUGACAUUAUAGGGUAUGUGGAGCUGCCCGAUGGGAAGGUCAUCUCAGGGGCUGAGUGGGGCAACUUGCUCCUUUGGGAAGGGGGCCUCAUCAAAGUAGAGCUCUGUCGAGCUGGACACAAGCCUUGUCACAAUGGCCCUGUCAGCCAGAUAGUUCUGGAUGAAGGAGAACUUGUCACUGUUGGAAAAGAUGGCUUCAUUCGGGUAUGGAACUUUGAGGCAGUAGAUCCUGCUGAUUCUGUGGAUGAGACAGGGUUAUUGGAGAUAGAGCCUAUGAAUGAACUUCGAGUUGGCAAAAAUGUCAGUCUAAUUUUCAUGUGUAAAAUUCAUGACUGUGGACAGCCCUUUUGGUAUGCUCAGGAUGCCAAUGGAAAGAUCUGGAAGCUGGAUUUGACUUUUUCAAACAUAACCCGUGAUCCAGAGUGCCUCUGCACCUUUCACUCUAGAAGGAUUGAGGCCAUGAGUGUCUCUCCCAUGACAUACCUUGUGGCCACCACUGCUCUUGACCGGUCAGUGCGUAUCUAUGAUUUCAUCAGCAACAGUCAACAGAGUGAAAUUAAAUUUAAACAAGGAGGAACAGCAUUGUCAUGGGCACCUCAUGUUGUAAAUCCUAAAGGAAGUCUAAUUGCUGUGGGGUUUGAAGAUGGUGUUGUCCGCAUAAUUGAAGUUUAUGAUCCCAAAGGACUUCCCACUCUUGCAGAACAGCCCAAUAUGAGAAAUGCAGGGAUAAAUCUGAAACAAGCUUUUAAACCUCAUACUACUGCAGUCACAGCCUUGGCAUAUGAACGAAAUGGAGAUGUCUUUGCCACAGGGAGUAAAGACAAAACAGUUUUCUUUUUUGCUGUUGAAGAUGAAUACAAGCCAAUAGGAUUCAUCCAUGUCCCUGGGGCUGUGCAGGCAUUACAGUGGUCUCCACCUUCUCAUGUGGCGAGCAUGCUUCUCAUCCUUUGUGAGAAUGGAUAUGUUCUCCAGGUUCCUGCCCCUCUCCCUGAGAAACAGGAAACGGCAUCCACCUACCACAUCAAAAACCUGCCAACACAGUACUUUCAUUUUUAUAGCAUUAAAUCCCGAAUCAAGCUGGAAGAGGAGAUUGCACUGAGGGAGAGAAAAAAGCAAGAGAAGGAAAAAGCAAAACUCGAAUGGAUAAAGCAGCUACGGGAGAUGGGAAAGGAGGUGGAAGAAGAAGAACCUGAAGAAGAAGAAGAAGAGCCAUUGCCGUCAAUCUACAUACCAGAGGAGCCCAGCCCCAUUCUCUGUGGGUUUUAUUCAGCACCUGGGAAAUUUUGGCUUUCCUUGGGUGGAUAUGACUCAGGUUUCCUUUAUCACUGUGCAUUCUCCUCAAAUGAGCACCAAGAAGACCCUGAAAACAGGCAAGAUGAACCUUUUGAAGUGAUUCCUAUUGAGGACACUGAUGACAACCCCAUCCACCAGAUCUCCUUCUGUACCAGCAGACUACUGAUGUUCUGUGGGAUGCAGAAUGGUGCCCUACGUGUUUAUCCUCUCCAAGAUAAAGACCUCUCAGUGAACACCCUGAAGGCAUACUGGUCGUUCAGUGUACAUGACAAUGAUUAUGGCCAGAUCCGGGGGAUCUGCUGUAGUUAUGAUGAUAGGUUUCUGAUUACCUGUGGAGGAGAUGGGAACAUUUUUACCUUCAACAUCUUGUCUCCAGAGGAUGUUCAUGAAGAGUUAAAAGCCCAAAUCCCUCCUCCUAGGAUGGGACUACUGAAGGAGAAGGCUGCUGAAGACAUUGAGGAUCCCAGUGCUUGCAACAUUGAGGAAGUCAAGCAGAAAAAGGAGUAUGAACGGAUCAUGAAAGAAGCUGAAGACAAGAAAAGCAAGAAAAGAGAGAAGUUAAUAGCACUAAGACAGGAGUUUCUUUUUCUUCUUCAAAAGAAUCAGGAGUUACCAAAGCACAUGCAACUGCAAAGAGAGCAGUAUGAGAUGGACCGUAGGGUCUUUGAGGAGCUGAAUAGGCAGACUGCACAAAGAAUCCAAUUAGUGGAAAAGGAACUAGCUUGGGAGCAUGAGAAACACUUGAUUGGACUGCAGAAGUUACAGAAUUGGUUUCGAGACUCACUGGAAUUUGAUACUGUUGUUGUUCAUGCUAUUCAAAGCAAUCAUCAGAUUUCCACCUAUAGACUUGUAGCAGUCUCUGAGGAGUACUACCAAGAUAAGGAACGUCCAUCUUGGAAGAAGACAGUACUUAAACGGGCAUGGAAAAAAGAGGAAAAAAAGGAGACCAUCAGAGAUAGAAAGUCUAUAAUUGUCAAGGGGGAAGCUGAUCAACUGAUGUCAAAGGUCCAAAAGCCAACGACACGUUUUAUAGAAAUGAAACGUGAGCAAAUCAGAAGAAUUGUUGAGAAAUCUGUCAAGGAGAAAGCUAAGAUAAUGAAGAGGAAGGAAGAGUGGGAAAAACUAUACGAAAGCAAGCCUGGUGAUGACUAUGAGGAUCCCAGAGAUGUUCAGGCCAUCAAAGAAGCACAGGAAAAUAUGGGGUGUUACAAGCUGAAAACUGCCAGGGAUUACAGAGUGCCUGAGGACAAGUGUAUGAACACUGAAAAGAGGACGAUGCAGCUUGCAUCCCUGGAAGUGCUGAUCUAUAAGAAGAAAGUGAAUAUGAACAAACAGAUUAUGUCUCUGAGGGACUUUAAGGUUUCUAUUAUUGAAGAAAUCAAGUGUUUAUUGCAAGAAUUGAAAUCCGUGCAGGCAGCAUUAGAUUUAUCAGAACGUCUCCCUCUUCCCCUGAUUCCUCAAUUACACCCAGAUGAAGUUCCAGAAAAAAGAUUUGAGUAUGACCAUGACAUCCUACUGAAAUUCAAAGAGAAGCAGGCAGCCAAGGCAACACUUCAAGAACAAUUGGAAGAGUCUCCCUCAUCUGGUGCAUUUGGGCAUAGUUUUAAGUCUUCCUAUAAGGAAACUGGCUCUCUACAACAGACUGCAAGCUCACCCACGAUGAAAAGAUCGUCAUCUGUGGUCACAGAGCAGCAAAAGAUUUUUGUAAUUGAGAAAGCAGAGCCAACAGAAAUAGAACUGGAAAUUUUAAAGAAGGAGAAGAUAAAAAACCUAUACUUGCAGAAGACCUUAAUUAAUAAGAUCAAUGCACUGGUAACCAACUUUGAUGCUGAACUGCGCUUUCUGCGGCACAAGAAACUGCAACUAGAUGUGCAGAUGAAAUAUGCUGACCUGAGCUACAUCACUUGGUUUGAAGAGCUGCUUAUCCUGAAGAAUGCUGAGAAAAAUGAGAACAUUCUCCAGGGGCAUGUUAACACCCUCCAGAGUGAGCAGGAGGCCAUGCAAUCAAAACUGAACAGCUGCCUUGCACAGAUGGAGGAUAAAAAGUCUGAGAUUGUAAAACUUCAGGAAUGUGAGAAAGCUGUUUAUGCCAGCUUCCAGGCAUCCCUUGGAGAAAACAAUGAAUUUGCCCACUUUCUGACCAAGGUUCUGAGGAGAAAAUUCAGCUCCAUGAGAAAAAAAGUAGAAAGAGAAACAGAUGAAAAAGAUGAGAGUGAAGAGGAGAGUGAUGAAGAGUCCAGCUUGGAGAGUGAUGAAGAAGAUUCUGGAUCUGAAGAUGAAAUCUUUGACAUCUCUGUUUGCCCAGAGAACUGUGAUAAGGCACUCUUCCAAAACACCAUCCAGCUCCGGGAAAAGUGGUUAGACAUUAAGGAAGCUUUAAUAAGGGAGAAGAAAGUUGCUGCUAAACUCAGAAAGGAAUAUGAUGUCUUAGUCAAAAAGGCAAAAUCAAUAGAAUCCAGUCUGAAAACAGCAGAGAAGGAACUUGACAUCUUUCAGUGGGAAAAGCAGCAGAAGCUGAAUGACUUAUAUGUAGUUGUGCCUUUGAAACUCCAUCAGGUGGAGUACUUCUUUAAUGGGGAGAUACCCAGGGACUUCUCCCAGGCUCUGGUAUUUACCAACCAGUCCCUAGAGUGUCUGCAGAAGAGAAUUGUGGACUUACAUCACGAAAAGAUAAUGCAGAGAAAGAUCUAUAAGAAGGCCCAGAAGCAACAUAAGCAGCUUGUCCGGGACAAAAAGGAGAUGGAGAUAACUAUUCAACAUCUGGAAGAGAAAUGCAGUCAGCUGAUGAUGCUGAAGUUUGGCCGUGUGGUUGAUUUUGAAGCAGUUCAAGCACGCUCUGUUAACAUACGCCUGGAAGAGCUGCAAUUGCAAAUAAUAGAGAAAGAAUAUGAGCACUCCCAGGAAAUUAAUGAGUAUACGGUAAGGUGCACGAAUGGGAGGAGGGUGUAUGUGUGUUCUAUUAAGUCUUCUUUUGCCUGGGGCUGAAUAGCUACACUAAAGUUUUGUCAACAUAUUCAUUUUUGUUUGAUUUUUUUUCACCUGUCACCAACAGGUGUCACCAAAAUGUCCAACUUCCAUGACUUCCCAUCAUGACUCCUACCUUUGCACUGCUGCUGCUUCACAUCCUAUUUUCUUAUGCAGGCAGUUGAUGGUGUCUUUAUUUUUAAACUGGCCUCCAGUGCAUUUUUCUGUUUCAGUCCCUAUGAGAGGUUCUCCCAGAGUGCUAUCCUGCAGGUUUCAGCUGGCAGUCAGUAUCUACUGCCUGCUUCCAUCAUAUUUCUUGAUGAAUUAUUUGAGUACAGUGCACCCCUGGCUGAUGCCUGGGACACUAGACUGUGCAGCAUGAAAAGUGCGUGUCUUCCUGGGAUACCUAAGGCUCAGCUGCUGUAGUGCAGCCAGGCAACAGUCCCAAGCUGUCCUUACAGAAUGCUGUUCUUUUCCGACACUUUAAAAAUAUGUAGACAAAACAAUUGGAAUGCAAGAGUAUCCCAGAACAGCCAGAAAAUAUCUCUGAGUAUCGUGCCUAAUUUGAAUUUGUUUGACUAAUAUUUCACCCCUGCCCCUCCUAAUAGGUUUUGUGAUUUCUACCUCUUCCUGUUAAUGUCAGUUGUCAACAUGUUUUGGGCUUACUUUUUGCUAUGGGAAAUGCUCUGCUCCUUAGAAAAGUUAGUCUGGUAUCCUUCAACACAGCAUACAUCUGGAUGUGUUGCAAGGUUUGCAUAAUGGACUCCAGAAAGUAAGAACUGUGCUGCCUACUCCUAUGCAUGUUUGCACAGCGUAAUACCUCAUGAAAGGAGAAUGUUCAGAUCUGCAGUUCUUUGCUCUCCUGGUUGUCUUGUGUUUGUAGCUAUGCAAAGAACCCCUGUCUUCCUCCUCGAUUUGGGUGUGAGAGCUGCAUUUCAAAUUGGAAACUCAUAGCCUUAGCCUCCUCUGUUUGUCACCUGUGCAGGCUUGUGGCAGGGGUAGGUGCCAGUUUGAUACCUUACACACGAAUGGAUUACUAUGUGCCUAACAGUCUUCCCUUUCCCAUACUUUUGCCUACCUGCUUUGCCAAAAUGCUUAGUCAUUUUCAAUACUAAGAAAACAACAAAAAGAAAAAAAGAGAUAAAAAAAGCCACCAACAACAAAACAGCUUGUAGGAAAGGCAUCACAGGAUCACUUGUAUGCAGGAUCAGUUUGUUGUUUCCGUCCCUUCUGUGAUGCAUAUUCAGCUUAGCCCUCGGUCCCCAUUUCAUC